ACUGUGUCCGUGAUCAUCAGCGCGUUGGCCGCCUUCACUGUCUCAUCUAACGUCAUCGUCAUCGUCGCCCUGGUCAAGUCCAGGAGGGUGGACAGCAGGAAUGUCAUCUCCAGGUCACAAGACAAUGGGAUCACGAAGUUGACCAUGGAAUCUAUGGCUGUUGCUGAUGUCCUGUUCGGCGUUUUCCUCAUACCGAUGUUCACCAUGGAAGUGAUCAACAAAGGGAGAUGGGAAUUCGGAAGUGAACUGUGUUGGAUCAGAAAGACCAUUAACAAUGUAUUGUGCGGUGUAUCAAUUUAUCACGUGUUCUUCAUGGCCCUGGACAGAUUUUUGGCCAUCUGUAAACCAAUGCUGUACCGCCUUCUGACAGUCAGGCAUGGAUACGCGAUGGUUGCGCUUUCAUGGGUAAUUCCUUGUGUGGUUUUCAUGCUUGUUGAGGGGUUUGGCUGGAACCAUAUCGGAGUUGAGGAUCGGGUCAACGCUUUUGAGAAGAACCGAAUAUGCGGGAGUGUCUAUAACAUGGAUGUGUUCUUAAUCGUCUUUACCCUAUGUUUUUACAUCCCAUUCGUGGCGGCCGCAAUUCUUUACGUGUUCGUGUUGAGAGAAAUCCGUAACUUUCACAAACGAACUCCUCGUUUCGAGGGUCCCAGUGUUAGUGAGAAAUUAUCAGGUCUAAAAACAAAACUUAAGAAGAACAUUUCCAAAGCCUCUAAUUCGGGUACCACACCGGCUGUUGAGCUGACAAGUGAAAAAUCUAUCAGCAGCCUAAGCGAAUUAAAUUUGACAGCGGCAGACGAUCCGGCGAUAAACAAUGACGCGCAAAAAUCUCCAGCCCACGUACAAGACGUGAAUCUCAUUGUGUCCGUCGGAAAUAAAGAGGUCGUUUCCCUAAGCAAGUAUUCCAAGAAUAAUGCGAAGCCGGGGUCAACUAACAGGAAUUUCAAGGCCUAUAGGACGAUCGGGUGCAUGUUCUUCUGGUUUACGCUCUGCUGGGUCCCUACCUGGAUAUUUUCUUGUGUCCUGGUUUACACCGAGUAUUCAGUGUCGGGUUGGGUAAUAAUCUCUCUGACGCUCCUGGCGUACGCCAAUGCGGGUGUCAACCCUUUCAUUUACUGUUUCAUAAGAUCUGUACGUCUGUCAGUAAAGUCAUUGCUGUGUGCAAAGUUUUGA